AUGGGGGCAUCGUGGGGCCCAGCGAGCUGCGCGUGGCGCGGACUGCGGGGGCUGCCGCGGGCCGCCUGGGCGCUGGCGGCCACGGGCCUGCUGUGCACCGCUCUGGCCGCCUACGCCUGCUGGGGGCAGCUGCCGCCGCUGCCCUGGGCCUCCCACGCCCCGCCGCGGCCGGUGGGCGUGCUGCUGUGGUGGGAGCCCUUCGCGGGGCGCCACAACGCCACGAGGCCGCCCCCCCCCCCCCCCGACUGCUGGCUGCGCUUCCACAUCAGCGGCUGCCGCCUGCUCACGGACCGUGCAGCCUACCGGAAAGCCCAGGCUGUGCUUUUCCACCACCGAGACCUGGUGAAGGGACCCCUGGACUGGCCCCCGCCCUGGGGCGGCCGCGUGCGCUCGGCAGAGGAGCUGGAGCUGCGGGUAUGGAACGAGGCGGAGGAAGCCCUGGCCACGUCGGGCCACAGGCCCCCGGGCCAGCGCUGGGUGUGGAUGAACUUCGAGUCGCCCUCCCACUCCCCGGGACUGCGAAGCCUGGCAGGUAACCUCUUCAACUGGACGCUGUCCUACCGGGCCGACUCGGACAUCUUUGUGCCUUAUGGCUACCUCUACCCCAGGACCCAUCCCAGCGACCAGCCCCCAGGCCUGGUCCCCCCGCUGUCCCGGAAACGGGGGCUGGUGGCCUGGGUGGUGAGCAACUGGGACGAGCGCCAGGCCCGGGUGCGCUACUACCACCAGCUGAGCCAGCACGUGUCCGUGGACGUGUUCGGCAAGGGUGGGACCCGGCGGCCGGUGCCUGACAUCGGGCUUCUGCACACGGUGGCCCGUUACAAGUUCUACCUGGCCUUUGAGAACUCGCAGCAUCUGGACUAUAUCACGGAGAAGCUCUGGCGCAACUUGCUGUUGGCUGGGACCGUGCCGGUGGUGCUGGGCCCCGACCAUGCCAAUUAUGAGCGCUUUGUGCCCCGCGGUGCCUUCAUCCACGUGGACGACUUCCCUAGUGCCUCCGCCCUGGCCGCCUACCUGCUCUUCCUCAACCGAAACCCAGCUGUCUACCGCCGGUACUUCCAUUGGCGCCGGAGCUACGCCGUGCACAUCACCUCCUUCUGGGACGAGCCUUGGUGCCGGGCCUGCCAGGCAGUGCAGAGGGCUGGCGACCGGCCCCAAAGCAAACGCAACUUGGCUCGCUGGUUCGAGCGGUGAAGCCACCCAGGGAGGUCCAGCCAUCAGCUUUUUGAUCCUGUGCUGUGCAUCUCCUUGAAUGCCGAAUCCUGGGAUGAAGGUUUUGCUUAUGGGAAAAAGGUGAUUUGCCAAUGUUACUCUGCACAAAGGCUGGGUGGGUAGGAUCCCGGUUCAGUUCUUGAUGUUUUUUGCGUGAGUAGGAGUUGGGCUCUCUCUGCUGUUGAUGGGCAUUAGUGUUCAGGACUGAAGGGGGGGGGGGGGAGAGGGGGGUGUCCUCCCCUUGUAACUUCACCAGUGCAGAGGUGAAGAAAUAGCUUAACUACAAGAAGCCAUUGAGUCAGUUGCUCUGAAUUUCCUCAUCUGCCACAGGUCAUAUUUGUGGCCUGUGCUGAGUCCAAAUGUUGGGACUGCUGCUCGUUUCACAUUUCACUGGACCAAGGUGCAGCAAACCCCUGGUUUUAGAAAGAUCCUUGUUGGAUAGUGGACAGACUGUGGCUGUGGCCACAAGGAAGUCUUUCUCUUUGUUGGUUGAAUUCCUCAAAGCCUCAGCACCUAAGAAAGGUGAGGAGGGUCAUCCAAGAAUCCGUUGACUGUUUCUUAACAAGUACUGUUUGUUCCCCUGCCAGUGAAUGGAAACAAGAUGCUGGAUUGUCCUUGGAGAGGAGUUAGGGUGAAUAUAUAAGUGUACCUCUCUUUACACAAAUGUGUUCUUGAAGAGCUGCUUUCCUUCUUUUUUAAAUCCUCACCUGAAGAUAUGUUUAUUAUUAUUAUUGAUUUUAGAGAGAGGAAGGAAGAGAGCGAAACAUCCAUUGGUUGCCUCCACACUCACCCCAUCUGGGGAUCAAACCAAAAUCGCCAGGUAUGUGCUCUGACUGGGACUCAAACCCACAAACCUUGGUGUACCGACGACAUUUCAACCAACUGAGCUGACAGGGCCCAACAAGCUGCUUAUCAGUCAUGUCCCAAAUUCACUGCGCUAGGGGGAAUUCAGUAUUUAAUACAACCUUAUGGAGAAUCCCUUUACAAUGUGAAUAAUCAUCCCUAACUAAUUUCUUCUAUGUCUGUAUUUUUCUAUAACCUGGAUUUUUUUUUAAGCAUAUUAAAAUUACAGAUGUGAAAAUAAAGCAGAAGCAACCUUCUUCUCCCCACCUCCCAGAAAACCAGACUGUGUUUACAAGACAGAAGAGAAGGAAGCCACAGUGUCAUUUUCCACAAAAUUACUUAUUUUGUGUCUUUACUGGACCUGAAAUUUAAACUGGAAUAUCAUUCCUCCAGGGGUGUUGGCAUUCCCUGUCCGCAGAACAGUGAAAGAUUGUACUGCAUUGUGGAAUCAUGCAAAAGGAAAAAAGUUUCAUGGUGUCUGUUAAUGGCAGUGUUUGUUUCGAUCUGUUAGUUUUAUUGUUAAAUGUUUAGUUGCUAGGGAAUGGAACUGAAUUGGUGUCUGUGAUGAACUUUGUCUUUUGUUAAAGGCUAAACGGCAAUUCACCUUGGGGCCAGUGGUUCCCCUUCUAGUCUGCGUAGUGGUACAUAUAUCCUCACAUUUCUAAUGCCCUUGAGACUGUGCCAUGGGACCAACUUUGAAAAUAUAUGCAUUGACUUU